AUGGAUUCUGGUCAUGCUCAGCCCGCCGCGGACCAGGCUGCGGACCAAAACGCUCCUGGCAUUCUGAACUCCGAUGCAUUUGAUGGAAGUGCUCCAAUCUACCAGUGGAGCGAUGAGUACGGUGACGUUGGCCCUAAGAUUGAAAGCCUUGAGAUCGAGCUAUUCGGUGAUCCCGCCACAAGACAUGAAAGAACAGGCCUUGAUUUCAGACGUAUUGCAAGCAUCGAGGUCAGCCAGGAGGGCCCCGUGAAAAUUCAGGCGAUCAAUUCCUUCAAGGAUGCCGGUUUGCAUCCUGUCAUGUUGGAAAACGUCCAGUUGGCUGGUUAUGAUCAUCCAACCCCGAUCCAAAAGUUCACUAUCCCCGCCAUUGUCCAGGGCAGGGACGUCAUUGGCAUUGCUCAGACCGGAUCUGGCAAAACCGCCGCGUAUCUGAUUCCCAUUCUAAGCGUUCUCAUGGGCAAGGCCAAGAAGCUGGCUGCGCCUCGUCCCAACCCUGUCACAUUUUGCGAGGGCAGGGAUGAGGUUACUGCCGAGCCUUUGGUGCUCAUUGUCGCACCGACGCGCGAAUUGGCCGUGCAAAUUUUCAACGAGGCUCGCAAGUUUUGCUACCGGACCAUGCUGCGCCCUGGGGUCGUGUAUGGUGGCGUGCCUCUUGUUGAGCAAGUCAAUCAGCUCAAUCGUGGCUGCGACGUGCUCAUCGGAACGCCUGGAAGACUUGUCGCCUUUAUCGAGAAGCCUCGUGUUCUGAGUCUGCGCCGUCUCAGAUAUCUCAUCAUUGAUGAGGCAGACGAGAUGCUUGAUGUUGGUUGGCAGGAAGAUCUCCAGCGUAUUAUGCUCGGCGGAGAUCAGGACGAUGGCAACGUCAAGUAUGGUUUCUUCUCAGCCACUUUUCCCAAGCAAGCUCGGGACAUGGCAAAGGAACAUCUCGCCGCUGCACACGUGCGGUUCCGUGUCGGUCGUGCUGGGAGCACUACUGAAAACAUUAAACAAAUUGUUGUCAAGGUAGAGCCCCAUGAGAAAAGAGAUGUUCUACUUCAGCUUCUCAACGAGAUGCACGGCAUCAGAACGAUCAUUUUUGUCAAUAGUCGACAGGAAGUCGACUUCCUCGAUGAUUUUCUUUUCAACAUGAGGCUCCCCGUCACGUCCAUGCACAGCGACCGCACGCAACUAGAGCGUGAGGCCGCCAUGCGCUCGUUCCGCGCCGGAACUGCACCAAUCAUGGUCGCCACAGGAGUCACUGCCCGGGGCAUUGACGUGCGAAACGUCAUGCACGUCAUCAACUUCGACCUGCCGUCAAUGGAUCAUGGCGGUAUUGAAGAGUACACUCAUCGCAUCGGACGCACUGGUCGUAUUGGUCACCGCGGUGUCGCAACGUCUCUUUUCACUGAUAGAGACGAGCCGAUUGCGAGUGUGCUAACUCGCACUCUUCUGGAGACAAAUCAGGAAAUCCCUGAUUUUCUUCAGAUCUACAAGCCGGAAGUCCUCCCCGGCAAGGCGAUCAAAUUCGAAACGGAGUCGGACUAUGACCCAAACGAGGUCCAAGACGGAGGCCAAGACACUGACGAGGUUGGUGAGACUGGCGAGACUGGCGACGCCUGGGGCGGCCCGGCCCAGGCCAAGAACGGAGCCGUGCCACAGAGUGCUGCCUGGGGGGAAUGGAACUCUGCCACCUCCGCUGUCCCCCGUACUGCUCCGGAUGGUUGGAACUCUGCCACCUCCGCUGCCCCUCCAGCUGCUCCUUCUCAGAAUCAGGCUGCAGCUCAAUCUUGGGGCGGCUCGCAACCUCCGGCAACCAUCCCCGGUCCAACAGGCCUUGCUUCUCAAGCUUGGGGGGUUCCUGCCACUGUGAACCACUGGUAA